CGCCAGAAAGCAAGCUUGAGCGGGUGAUGCUGGAGUCUCCACGGGACUGUGCCCAAAUUCCUCCAGCGGGACAGGUAGUGACUCACUUAGGGGCUGGCCGCUUCUUUUAAAGAGGGAAAAUUAGCUGCGAUGGCGGUUUGACGAGAGGACGCAACGACGACUUUCUUUCACAGCACCGAGUCCAAGUGGAUCCCUUGACCUUUGCAGCAUAAACAGCGGCAAGAUUUACCUCAAAAAAUGGAAGUAGAAUGUCUUGCACUUAAAGAUCUUACAAGUUCAAGGAAGAGUGGACAGAAGGAAAAUAUAUUCACAGUGUGGAGGAAAUCUACCCCGACGAAGUCUACGGAGCCGUGCGUACCCGUGAUGACGUGGAAAUGCGGCACCCCGGAUCGGGGCCACGUCACCCCGAUCAAACACCCCGCCGAGACUGAGCCCUGGUCGCCCACGGCCAACUUGAAGAUGCUGAUCAAUGCCGCCAGUCCCGACAUCCGAAACCGCGAAAUGAGGAAAGUGCUCUUUCGGCCCAUCGAGAACGAAUCGGAAAGCGCGUCUGUCGGCACAGACGAGAGCGGGGCGACUGAGGAUCAGUUUGAAGUAUUGGAAGAAGAUGAUGACGUGGAGAAGAAGCCAAGCAGGAAGGAGAAGAGCUUGGGUCUGCUGUGCCAAAAGUUCCUAGCUCUCUACCCGGAUUAUCCACCGCCUGACAAACCAAUCUCCAUCUCCCUGGAUGAGGUGGCAACUAGUUUAGGUGUGGAGCGGCGGCGCAUCUACGAUAUCGUCAACGUGCUGGAGUCCCUCAUGAUCGUGGGACGCAUGGCUAAGAACAGCUACACGUGGCACGGCCGUCUGCGCCUGGAGGCCACGCUGCAGGAGCUGCAGCGUCAAGGACGCCAGCAGGGCUACCAGCGGCACAUGGAGCUCGCCAACAGGGAGGCCGGGCGUAGCCAGGAAGGCGACGGCGGGGAGGACGACAACGGCCAAGCGUCUGGAAAGAGGAAAGACAAAUCCCUGCGUAUCAUGAGCCAAAAAUUCGUCAUGCUCUUCCUGGUGUCCAAGACGCAAACGGUCACGCUGGAAGCAGCGGCCAAAGUUCUCAUCGAGGAGAGUCAGGACUCGUCCAGUCACAGCAAGUACAAAACCAAGGUACGACGUCUCUAUGACAUCGCUAACGUGCUAACUAGCCUGGGCCUCAUCAAGAAAGUCCACGUGCGAGAAGAGCGAGGCAGGAAGCCGGCUUUUCGAUGGCUUGGACCGGUGGAUUUUAACAAUUCUGGGAAAGCCAAGGUGGCACGCCACGCCUCUUUCAACCUCAUCCCAACAUCCGUGGCCGUGCAGCGGCAGAUCCGCUCGGCACCAAGCAGCCCGCGCAGCGACGGAAACGCUCAGCCGCUGGAUUAUUCCAGAAAGAUGGGAGCCGGCGAAGCGGUCUGUCAGCCGCAGUUUGGAAACAAUGCAAACACGGCCGCGCCCACCCUGCUAGUCCCCGCCCUGCACCCGGAGCGGCUCUUUACGCUAUCCUCAUCCACCCCCUGCCUGGCCUACCUACCCGGCCUGUCCCAGGCCUCCGUGGUCAUGCUGUACAACCAACCCGAAGGAGUCGAGUUGGUCCAGGAAGAACCGGCCGAAGGGAGGAAGAGACGGCGGGAAACCGAUGAAGAUGCGGUGGCGCUUAAGAAAAGCCCUUCUGACUUACAGCGUGGAGAGGAGAAUGGCACGUCAGAAGCAACGGAUGAGAACGUCGCCGGCACCCGGGCGUCACACUACCUCUACGUGCCAAACACUACGGGUCUGAAAAGUCUCAACUUCCUGCUCCCCUCCGGCCAAGCCCAGGCCCAUCUCCCGCUGCCCUACAUGCUGGUUCCAUCCACCGCAAUCCCCCACUACCCCCUGCAGGGCGGCGACACCCAGGUGGGCUUCAACCUACCCACCCACUUUAUGGUGGCGGCCACGCCGUACGACCAGGCGGCGCCUCUUUCGUUGCCUUCCACGCCAGAACAGGGCGGGCGGGGUGCUUCGGGGGCGGGGCAUGCUACAACCGCACCGCAAACCCUGACUCCGCACACUCCAAAGGAGAGCCCUGUGCCCGCCUCCAAAUCUUUCUUCCAGACUCCAGGCACCAUGGAGGGUGUCAGCGCGGCGCCCGCAGCACGAAAGCGGGGCUCGGCGCAGAGGAGACUGGACAUCAGUCACCCGUCGUCUUGUUAGACAUCACACGGUAACCGUGAGCUUUAAGGCCUUACCGGUGCUAUUUAUAGUUCGGGGAGGAAAUUACAUCGAAACGGCACAUAUCAGUUGGUUACUUUUAUGCUCAGGACAAAUCCGCGUCAAACCUUUUUGAGGUGGGUGUUAAUGACUCAUUACGGUAAUUAAUUUAACAUUUUCCAUAGACUGUUAAUGAGUUAGGCUUUUGAAAAGAAAAAUAGGAAACAGCGCUACCCUGUGGUAGAUAUUUGCCACUACAUGAUUAAUUUCCCCCUCCCAAAAUCAGCUACCUUCUCCUCUAAUCACACAUGCAUGAUAAUUCCUAUUUAUGUUUUUAGCUAAUAUAUAUUAACUACAGGGACUGUAACAGAACACUUCAUUUGUAACACAAGUUAUUCUAAGGAGUCUUGUUGGCUUAUUUUACUUGAGAUGUUACCAUGACGGUGAAGUGAUGAAAAAAAAAAAAGCCUGUUUACAUCCGAUGCUUGUGUGGCUGUGUGUGUCCUGUAACUUGACGAUGCAGUCAGGUACUUGAAUUUUUGUGAUUUCUACCAUUUGGGUAUUUUGCAGAACUCUAAGAGUACAGUCAAGAGAAGUUUGCCCACUGAUUUGGUUUGGGGGGGGGCCAAACAAAGCAUUCAUGGUUUAAUGCAUUUGUGGGACAAGUGCCUUUGUUGUUUUGUUUUUUUAUGUAGAAGUAUUUUCAGUUGUCCUAGCAUAUUUUUCUUCCGGUUGUUAAAGGGGUUGCCACGGCAACCACUUUGCCAAACUAACGGUGCUAUGUACUGACUGACCAACCCACUGUGAAACUAUUCAGGACGCCACACCAAAGCGUGCACGGACAAACCACUCUCAUUCAUAUACAGUUAUUUUUGUGUCCAAUUAAUGCUUUCGUAUUGUUACAUCCUUGUUUUAAUGUUUUACUGCACUGUUUUUAAAUAUGAAACCUAGUACCAUCUGACUGUAGCUGCGGGCUAUUGAUUUUCCCCGAAUGACUGUCACAUACUUAAAUAAAAGUAAUAUUUCUGUA